AGGGCAAUUCUGUCCUCGGCGUUGGCUCGCUCGCUUGGUCACGCUAUCGAAGCCCGGAGGCUACAGAGCUGUCGCAAGACAGUCUCAAUUACCUGGGAGAAUCACCGAACGUUUGAAUGACUUGUGAACAACAUCAGAUGAACAUGCCCGUCAAGGCACUAUUGUUCUCCGGUCGGCGCUUAUCCUUUCGCCAGCAGGAAGGACAAUAAUAUGUAUGGAUACAAAUCCCAGGUUAGGUAAGCGGCUAUUUGAAUAAGAAAACGAGGUAGAUACCAUUCUGGACAUGACAAAGAGGAUCGAGUCCCCUGCAGUUGCUAUUCAGAAAUAGAAAAGAGGAGAGAGGAGCUCUGGUGUUUUUCCCAACUAAUUGAAGAACGUAUGUGGAAGAAACGCUCCGCACUUUCAGCCUCCAGUUCUUUUUGUGCAGUAAAUUAGUUCCCCAAAGUUCCUCUAAACUAUCUAGGUUACGGAAAAGUGAGGCCACUUGUCCUACUGCCAAGCCUUGUGUGGAGCAGGCACGUGCAAAUGAUGUGGGCGAUUGUCCUUGUGCUACUGGCCACUGUCGUCACCGUCCGCAGUCAAAAUGAGCUGACAGCAAUUGUUGAACCCGGCUAUGAAGUACUUGAAGAGGAUGACUUUGCCCAUUUUGAAUGCACAAUUACACCGUCCAGCACACGUGUCAUCAGGAUUCACUGGUCCCGGCAGGAUGGCCAGCGGCUUGCCAUCAAUCGCCACUUCUACUUUGAUGCCAGCCGUAAGGACUUGAUCAUCGACCCGCUGCGCUUGUCCGACGGUGGAGUGUACGUGUGCACUGCCCGUACCGAGAAUGGUGUUGUGGCUGGUGCAGCUGAAUUAGUUGUAGAACCGUAUCGUGCUGUGACAGCAUGUUCAUCCAACCCUUGCCUGAACCAGGGGUAUUGCCGGCUAACAACCACUGGGUACAUAUGCGAAUGCACCCGGAACUUCGAGGGAUUCAACUGCGAGAGCCGUCGUUUGAACGGAAUUCAGCGCACGCCAUGCUUGUCAGCACCUUGCCAGAACGAUGGAGAAUGCAAUGUUGUUGGUUCCAAUACCUUCGUCUGUGUGUGUGCGGCGGGAUUCUCUGGGCCAUUCUGCUCCCAGGAGAUUGGUGCGUGUACCUCGAACCCAUGCCUGAACAAUGCCCAGUGUGUCAACCAUCCCAGCGGUUAUACUUGCCAGUGUCCUAUAGGAUAUCUAGGAAUCAACUGUGAACAAGUGGAUGACAACUGCUACUCCAACCCAUGUCUACAUGGCGGUGUGUGCCACAAUGCACCGCUUAGGUUUGACUGCGAGUGCCGAGGUGGAUGGGAAGGAGAGCUCUGUGAUGAAGAUACCAAUGAUUGUUUUCCCAACCCAUGCCAGAAUGGUGGAAAUUGUACCGACAUGCUCGGGGCUUAUUCAUGCUCAUGUGCUAGUGGCUUUGUGGGUCCAAGAUGUCAAGAUGAUAUUGAUGAAUGUAUGUCGUCACCAUGUCAAAACAAUGGCCGCUGCGUCAAUGCCGACGGUAGCUUCAUGUGCCAAUGCAGGCGAGGGCACACUGGUGAUUUUUGUGAAGAAGAUAUCAAUGAAUGUGCUAGCAGCCCAUGUCGCAACGGUGGACAAUGUAUCGACCGCUUGGGUGGCUAUAACUGUCGAUGUAGACCGGGCCUGUUGGGAAGAAACUGUGAACAGGGUACCCUGGCCAGUAACCCAUGUGCCGCACGGCCGUGCCAAAACAAUGGUGUUUGCUCACUGACGCUCACUGGUUAUGAGUGCGAUUGUGUUCCUGGCUCAACAGGUGAUAACUGUGAACAAAGAGACCAAGAACCCGAUGUACCAACAACUGAAGCUGCAACAACGACAGCCACCAUGCAAGAAGAUGUGACUACAACCAUGAUGGCAACCGAUCCACCUACCACAGUUCCAGUUAAUGACCCAUGCCAACCUAACCCAUGCAACAAUGGACUGUGCGCGCGGGACAUUGAACAGCCUGAUGACUUUGUCUGUCAUUGUUAUCAAGGGUUCUUUGGUAACACGUGUAGCGAGAUUAUUCUCCUUCGGCCUUUGAGUGUCCAAGAUGAAGACGUCUAUCAGGUUACGCUCUUCGUGUUCAACACUGAGUCCGCAGGCGGAUGGCUGGACAGGGGUUCUUAUCCUAACUCUACAGUCGAUGACUUUCCAGUGAGACUUAGUGCUCUGGCCAGUGGAUACUAUGUGGUACGUGUUGACCGUACCGACAAAGGCACUGUAACAGACACGCUAGCACUAUCAGUGCAUGGAGAGUCCGAUAUAUCCAUACCAACAUGGGCUGGAGAAGGCAUUUUGAAUCCCACCGAAAGCAGCUCUGGUCUUGUCAACGUGCAGAUGCGUCUUCCCCUGUACGAAACCGAGCCAGGAGAUGCCUGGAUGGUGGAACAUCGUACGGGAUCAGCAGAUUGGCAAGGCACCAUAUACUCUGCCUUGCAGCUGAUUGUCACCCUCAACGAUAUCCAACAUGGUCUAACAGCAGUGCGCGUGCGUGUGAGACAGUCGGACAGAUACAGCCCGUAUUCUCCAGAAGUCUUUCUGACUCUGAAAGAUUACUGUGAGGCUUCACCAUGUGGAAGCCACGGUACAUGCUCACAAACACUCUCCUCUUUCCAAUGUGAAUGUCACCCUGGAUACACUGGGUCUACAUGUACAGAUGAUAUCGAUGAAUGCGGCUCUCAGCCAUGUCGCCAUGGUGGCGUAUGUAGGGAUGAAGUGAACGCGUUCACUUGCCAAUGUGCAGAUGGCUACGCGGGAACCACCUGUGCAAUUGAGGUUGAUGAGUGUCUACCGCAGCCAUGUGAGAACAACGCACGGUGCAUUGAUGCAGUGAACGGGUUCACCUGUGAGUGCCAGCCUGGUUAUCGUGGAGAUAUGUGUGAACAAGAUAUUGAUGAGUGUGCAAGCAACCCAUGUCAAAACGGUGGUAGCUGUAAUGAUGGACAUAACAUGUACACAUGUACCUGCCCGGGUGGGUACAUUGGACAACAUUGCCAAGACGAGACUGAUGAGUGCGCUAGCAAUCCAUGUCAGCAUGAUUCAACUUGUUUUGACGCUCAUCUCAACUUCACCUGUGCUUGCAGUGAAGGAUACACUGGCCGGCUGUGUGAUACUGAAGUGUGCUCGGUAGAAUCGCCGUGCAUCAAUGGAGUGUGCAUGUAUGAAGUCGGCUAUGGAAUUCGGUGCCUUUGUGAUCAGGGAUAUGGCGGCAGUAUAUGUGCACUAGAAAUUGACAACUGUGCUUCCAACCCGUGCGCUAACGAUGCAACUUGUACCAGCAGUCUGGGCAGCUAUUCCUGCUCUUGUCCUGAAGGAUAUACUGGACAGCGCUGUGACAGAGCUGUCGAUCAUUGCUCCAGUCAGCCAUGUCAGAACAACGGUGUGUGUAGAACCUCCCUGGGCGGUUACACUUGUGAAUGUCCGGGUGGUUUCGAGGGAGAUCACUGCCAAACAGCUUCCUCGCAGCCCUGUGAUAGUGAACCCUGCCAGAAUGGGGGAACUUGUCGCAAUGUACGUCGAGGAUAUCGGUGCUACUGUCAGCAGGGAUUUGAAGGAGCGGAUUGUGAAAGAACUGUUCAAGCUGGUCCUUGUGCAUCGGCACCUUGUCGGAAUGGAGGCUCAUGCUAUGCCAGAGGAAGACGCUAUCGUUGCUUCUGCCGCCCAGGCUUCAGAGGCAGAUACUGUGAAAGAGAAAACUGCAAAGUUCCCGGUGAAGUGUUCAGCAGUUGCUCAUCAGCAUGUCCAGCUACCUGCGACACGCCACGACCAUCAUGUCAGGAGCCAUGCGUCCCAUCUUGUGCCUGUGACGUGGGACUGGUCUAUGGGAACUUAACCAAGCUGGCCUGUAUGCGAGCAUCGCAAUGCCCAUAUCCCAGUAUUGAACCCAAGUCAUCUAUUCGGAAGCCUGGAACAGGAACAUUUUUGCAAUGCUCCGCCACCGUGCCGCUGGCCGACAUAACUGGUUUCCGCUGGACUCGUGCCAACGGCAGUGCAUUGCCGGCUGGUCGACAUCACUACUUCACUCGCAAAAGUGUCUUGUAUAUCACCGAUCAUGAACGUGAUGAUACUGGCGACUAUGUGUGCGAAGUCUUCACUGGGCUCAUGUCGCAGAAGGCAACAUCUCACAUUGAAGUCACUGAUGUCAAGGCCAGUAUAUCACCUCACAACAUGCGGGCUGAUCGCGGAAGUUCCGUUUCUCUUGAGUGCAUUGUAUCACCGGAAGAGGCUGUCGUUAGAAGAAUCACUUGGAGGAGGUCGGACGGACGACCCUUCUCCAGCGGCAGGACAAAACUAUCUGACGACAGGCGCGUGUUGUCGAUUGAUUCCCUACGCCGCAGUGACAGUGCCGAGUACAGGUGCCUGGUUGUGACAAAUCUUGGGGUCACCGAAGGUGCUACCUCCUUUGUUGUAGGAGAAAAGGGUUGCAUUGCGGACGGCCGACUACUGGGUGACGGAGAAUCACGCUAUAUUCAGUCUACAGAGACAAUCCGUAAUGCCAGAGCUGCUGCUGACAUCAUCUUCUUGGUUGACGAGUCACGAUCCAUGGAAGCCGAACAUGCCUGGUUGGCCAAUGUCAGCAUUGCGUUGGAUAACUCGCUCAUCGGCAAUGGAAUUGGCGGUGAUGUCCCCAAUCAGUUUGGACUGAUUGGAUUUGCCAAAGAUGACCCGAAAGAUGUCCUUGGCAGACCUAUUCCCAUGCCUGAUGGUGGAUGGAUGGGAACUGCAGCUGAGUUCAACCAAGUACGCAGGCAGCUAGCGUUGAAUGGCCGAUCUGAGGAUAUGUACUCUGCUAUUGAGCUAGCUUUGGACUUUUACCCGCUCAGACCUGGAAUGGCCUGUCAGAUUGUUGGUGUAACUGAUGAAGGUAGAACGCCACUUGUGCAGGCUGAUGGUAGCGCACCGCUCACUUGGCAGUUUAUCCAUGAUCGACUGAAGGCCAGGGGCUGCUUUCUGAAUGUGAUCGUCAAUGAGCAGAUGAAGUCAUUCGAGGACACUGGUAUCGUGGAUGCCCUGGGUGUUACUGGUGAUAACACUAGCACUGUGGAAAUUCCCGGAGGUGAUUUCCGUAUAGCCCGUGGAACUGGUGGACCGGUAGCUAGCAGUGGCCAUGGUACAACUCACGAAGCUUAUACUCGACUUGCUUUCAGUACUGGUGGAGCAGCGUGGGAUCUGAAUCGGCUCAGAGUCGGUGGUGACACGGCACGUUCCUUUACAAAGGGCUUUGUCUGGCUUAAAGAGAGGGAGAUCAGCGAGCAGCUGUGUACGUCGUGUACAUGCCAAGGAGGAGCAGAAGCAGUUUGCAGUCCAGGAUGCAUUAUUGAGAAGCCACAAGUAAUUAUCACAUCAACAAGUGCUGGCUACGGUAACACGCUUAGUGCAGUCAACCAAGGCGGACUGGCUGAGUUCAUUUGUGAGGCAGACGGUGAGCCGCUGCCGGAAUUCUCUUGGACCCUAGAAGGCGGUGGGGACUUACCUGGUGAUGUGAGAAUGUACGGAAGUGCUGGACGUAGUGUGCUUCAGGUUCCUAACGUUCAAGAUCGUGUUUGUGUGGAAUGUGUAGCGUCAAAUGCCGAUGGAUUUCUCUCUAAAGUCCAAUGUGUGGAGAGCCUAGCAACGUGUACGCUGCAAGACCGGACUGUGGAGGUUCUACAUGGCGACUCUGUCAGGAACUAUUCCACCCAUCGGGGUGAUGACGUGGUGCGCUUGCCUUCCUCGGCCAUUGUUGUUCUGGUGGUGGACGAGUCGGGGUCAAUGGUGGGAGAACAUCUGUGGCUCAACACCACUGUCCAGGCAUUGGAAAGUAACCUUCUGGCCAAGGGAGUAGGAGUCGUGAAUCCCAACCGGUACGCACUUGUGGGUUUCGCCAGCCCUGCAGACGUCACUGGACGCAUUAUUUCUCUCGCUGAUCAAGGACACUGUGGAACGGCCGAGGAGAUGAGUGGUGCACUCAACCAGCUUCAAGUUGACGGAACGUUAGAAGAUGGCUAUGCUGCCAUGAGUCUGGCUCUGAACACCAUCAGCUGCUUGCAGGAGGCUCGUCCGAAAGAAGUUGCAUGCCAAGUAAUUCUGGCCACAGAUGAAGGAAGAGACCAGCUUGAACCUGAAAUACAGUAUGAUGACAUGCUGGAGUCGCUGAGCCGAAAAGACUGCAUUCUCAAUGUUGUCAUCUGGGAGAGAUUUAGAGGAAGGGAACUGGCUACCCCGUCAGAUCCACAUCCACGCUGGCAAGUUGCGCUAGGAAUUGACCGUAAGAACAGGGCCGUUGUUGCAGAUGGGGACAACUUUGCCUUUCUCCCGGAAGGCAAUGCCUGGACGAUAACUGGUCGAGAAAACACACAUCGGACAUAUGUGCAGCUUGCUACUCAAACCGGCGGUGGAGCGUGGGAUCUUGAGAAGCUGCGUACGGAGCAAUACAGGCAGGCCUUCACCAAUGGCUUCAUCACUGCAAAGGUUGAAGAGAUUCAGCAGCAGAUUUACGGCCGUUGCGAAGAGUGUACGUGCGACUCUGGACUGCUGCGUUGUAGUGUUGUUGAGGGUGUCAGCACAAGGCAGAGAUGUAUCAGUCCACCGGCAAACCGUCAACUUGGAGUUGUAAUACUGCCAGUCACGGAGAGCCUGUCUGAGGGAGGAAGUUACGCCAAAUUCCAGUGUUCAGCUGUGUUGCAGAACAGUGAUGAAGACAAUGUUACACCUAUCACUGUCACCUGGGUGUCACAUCCGAUCCAAGCUGUAGUUGACUUGGCCAGCAGUGAGCUGCAGUUCAGUAACCUGACAUCUAAUGAUCAGGGCACGUACACGUGUCAAGCACGCAAUGCUGAAGGCUACGGGGAGGCCAGUGUGGACCUAAUCAUUGCUCCUCAAGACUCAGCACCCCAGGCUGGUACCACUGUAUGAUCUGACAAGACAUGGAACUCAUGUACCUCAAGUCAUUCUGGCAAUACAUUGCAAAUUCCAGAGUCCGGGAUACUCUAGAAUAUUCGUCAUAAUAACCCUUAGCAUUCUCAUUAGAUCUGAGUUGAGAUAUUAGUAGGAAUAUCAACACUAUAAUAGUGCUCUGCCAAACAUAUUAUGUUAGCCGAUGCAUAGGCUGUGUCCAUCUGAUGGUAUCAAAAUUAUCUAGCAAGCCAGCACUUGCCUGCUGUUGUCUGUAAAGCAAGAAAAUUGUGCUGCUUGGCACUAGUUUGAUACCUGGAUAGCUAGUGGCUUCAUCGUUUUGUGUACGUAUGAGUACACAUGCACAUGUACCAGUUCCAGCGUAACAUUGGCGCUGCCACUGUUGUCUCCUGAAUUAUUGACUGUAUCGAUAACAAUG